AUGAUCGUUUCAAGAUUGCUCGUGAAAAAUCACCCUGUUCUCAUAAGGGUGGCAGAGAAGUGUGAUCACGACAGAGCUCUGCAGUUUCUCAGGAAGCACUAUUAUCCUUUCGAUCCGUCCAGUCAUGGAAGAGUGUCGAAGCGCCAGUCGCCAGAAGAUGAGGCAACCGAGAUGGCGUCAAUCGAUUCAGGAGCUUCAGUGCUCGCAUUCACCAAUGAUCACGCAGAAGAGCUGAUAGCAGUGUCACUGGCGAGGAGAUUUCGCGAAGAACACUGUCGUGAGCACCUGAAGAAGCUGCAGCAACUGUCCAGCAUUCGUGGCUAUCCGAAUGAUCUCGAGGGUGUGAUUUUUGUUGAGGAUCUCAAAUUGAGAGCGCAAAUCUGUCGGAAAUUCAACAUCGACGAGGCGCUGUAUUUGGCCUUGACGUGCGUGCGGAAGGACUUUCAGGGAUUCUCCCUGGGCAAAACACUGAUGAUGCAGAGACUGGAGCGCGGGCGUGAGAUGGGCUUGAGUGUCGCCUUCGGUCUGGCCGUCACGAAUGGCGGAGUGAAGCUCACGGAAUCCUUCAACUUCCAGCCAAUUCACACUAUGAAGUUUCAGGACUACAAGGAUUACCGUGGAUUGUCAAUUUACAGUACUUUUCCACCAGAAGCGAUUGCAAGAGUUGCGGCAACACAAAUUGGUCAGAGACACAGCGUGACAUGAUCCAGAUGACCGAAUUAAUUGAUAAAGUUUAGGCGUUCCUGGUUAAGUAGAAUCUCAGCGUUCACACUCACAAGGUUUUGUUGUUUUUUUUGGUCAAAUUUUAAUCUUAGCAGACGAAUUUGAAUAGUUUUGAGGUAAAGCAAAUAACACUAAAAAUAUUAAUUCAUUCAUUAACAAUUUGUUGAUACACCAAAAUAAACAAUUAAUAGCCCUUGCUAUCUGGUCAC